AGUUGUUUUGUUUACAUCCAAUUUUGUGUUAAAGUUUGCAUUUCCCAGCUGUUUAUUCGUGAAAAACUCAUUUGAAUUCUUUAGAAAUAGGAGUAAGUAUCCUUUUUUUAGCCAGUGCAGUAAUGGAAACCACCACAACCCAAACCAGCGACCAUCAGGGCAAACGGUGGAACCAUCUGCGCAAGAUUCUCGAGCGCUCCGGUCCGUUUUGUCCGCCCAAUUUUACGGCUUCGAAUGAGACGUUGGAAUUUCUGCAGAACACUUGCAAGAUUCUGGUGAUUGGUGCCGGCGGAUUGGGAUGCGAGCUGCUGAAGGAUAUGGCCUUGAUGGGCUUCCGUGACAUUCACGUAAUCGAUAUGGACACGAUUGAGUUGUCCAACCUGAACCGACAGUUUCUGUUCCGUCGCGCGGAUAUCGGCAAAUCCAAAGCGGAGUGUGCGGCCGCUUUUGUGAAUGCUAGGAUUCCGGGUUGUACGGUUACGCCACAUUUUUGCAAGAUUCAGGACUUCGAUGCCGGCUUCUAUCGGCAGUUUCACAUCAUCGUUUGUGGGCUGGAUUCGAUUGUGGCCCGCCGAUGGAUCAAUGGGAUGCUGAUUUCGAUGCUGGAGUACGAGGAGGACGGUUCCGUUGAUGAGACGUCGAUUAUUCCACUGGUGGAUGGUGGAACCGAAGGAUUCAAGGGGAACGCCAGGGUGAUUCUGCCAGGGAUGACGGCCUGCAUCGAUUGUACGCUGGACUUGUUUCCACCGCAGGUAACUUAUCCGCUGUGCACUAUUGCUAAUACCCCGCGCCUGCCGGAACAUUGCAUCGAGUACGUUAAAAUAAUCCAAUGGCCCAAGGAGAAUCCCUUCGGAAGUGACAUCGGUUUGGACGGAGAUGAUCCCCAGCAUAUCACGUGGGUGUACGAGAAGGCUCAAGAACGGGCCAACACAUUCAACAUAACCGGUCUCUCGUACCGGCUGGUCCAGGGCGUAUUGAAGAAUAUCAUUCCGGCUGUGGCCAGUACCAAUGCGGUAAUUGCGGCAGCAUGCGCUACCGAGGUGUUCAAAAUUGCCUCCAGCUGUUGCGAACCGCUGAACAACUACAUGGUCUUCAACGACAGCGAUGGGAUCUACACCUACACGUACGAAGCGGAGAAAAAGGCCGACUGCUUGGCCUGCAGUCAAGUUCCUCGCCCGGUGGAUGUGGUCGACCCGAACACGAUGACCCUGCAGGAUCUGAUUCAGCAUUUGUGCGACAGUGCCGAGUUUCAGAUGAAGAGUCCGGGUUUGACGGCUUCUAUCAAUGGGAAGAAUAAAACGCUCUACAUGGCGACCGUGAAAAGCAUCGAAGAGGCCACCAAGGGCAAUUUGACGCAGUCGCUGGGUGAGCUGGGAUUAAAGGACGGCCAGGAGAUAAUGGUCGCCGACGUUACCAAUCCGAACGCAAUUCUAAUUAAGCUUAAGUUCCAAAGCAACGAAGUUGAAAUGGCAUAAGUAAGGUACUUUUUGCUAUCGGAAAAUGAUGAGAAGGAAGUAGUAAUAAAAAUGGAUGCCUGAAAA